AUGGAAGAACUUAAAGAGCUACGUAAUGAAGCUUAUGAGAACUCUGGCAUUUACAAAGCCAAACUCAAAGCUUUUCAUGACAAGAAUUUAAGUUGUAAAUCAUUUUAUGAAAAUCAAAAGGUUUGGUUAUACAACUCACAAUUAAAAUUAUUCUCUAGCAAACUCAAGUUUUGAUGGGAUGGCCCUUACACUAUUGUGCAGAUCUCUAAUUGUGGAGCUGUUUUAAUUCUCAACCUUCUUGUCUUAGUAGCAGCUGCUGACUGUCGUAGAAGAAUUUUUUUUAUUUUGAUCUUUUAUUUCUAUUUUUUUUUAUGUAGCAUAUGUUGAGCUGUUUUCUUUUUACUUUCUUUUGCAAAGGUCACUAUGUUAAGCUGAAGUGGAUCUUCCUCAGCCAUCAAAAUGGGUUUGGUACCCUUCACCCCUCAUUUUAUUUCUCUUUCUUUCGUAGUGCAUUGAGGACAAUGCAUGAUUCUAUUUGAAGGGUUGGUACAAUACUAAGGUAAGAAAUGCACGAGUUUAUUAUGCUUCAUACUUUUCAAAACUCUCUUAAAUCAGAGCACAAACUUUGAAAAUUUUAUUUUGGUGAAUAGAAAUAAUAUUGCCCUGAUUAUGAAUGUAUAGAUCAAAUUUCAUUGAUUACUAGCAAAAUUUCAUGUAGGCAUAUUUCUAUAUUGGAAUUAGUAUAGUAAAUUGCAUCCUGUCUUACCAAAUCAAAACAUAUUUUUUUGAACUGUAUUAGAGCUAGCUGAAGUAUUUUUGAAUCAUUGGUCAGUGCUUUUGUGCAUUGGUUGGUGGGAUUGAAGCUACAAGUUAAACUUUUGUGCAUAUAAACCAAGCAUGACAAAGAUUCAAAAAAAAAAAGCUAG